ACCCAGGAAACGGCUCGCGAACCUCGGGCAAUUUGAAGCUGGAUUUAUGGCAUCUUCGAAUAAAUCCGUUUUGGGCCCUUUGGUAGGGUCAGUGGACCAGGGCACCAGCUCCACGCGGUUUCUGGUUUUCAAUUCAAAAACAGCUGAACUACUUAGUCAUCAUCAAGUGGAAAUAAAACAAAAGUUCCCAAAAGAAGGAUGGGUGGAGCAAGACCCUAAGGAAAUUCUGCAGUCUGUCUAUGAGUGCAUAGAGAAAACGUGUGAGAAACUUCACGAGCUCAAUAUUGAUAUUUCCAACAUAAAAGCCAUUGGGGUUACCAAUCAGAGGGAAACCACCGUGGUCUGGGACAAAUUUACCGGAGAGCCUCUGUACAAUGCUGUGGUGUGGCUUGAUCUAAGGACCCAGUCUACUGUUGAGACUCUCAGUAAAAGAAUGCCAGGAAAUAACUUUGUGAAGUCCAAGACAGGCCUUCCACUUAGCACUUACUUCAGUGCAGUGAAACUUCGUUGGAUCCUUGACAAUGUGAAAAACGUUCAAAAAGCUGUUGAAGAAAAUAGAGCUCUUUUUGGGACAAUUGAUUCGUGGCUUAUUUGGAGUUUGACUGGAGGAGCCAAAGGGGGUGUCCAUUGUACAGAUGUGACAAAUGCAAGUAGGACUAUGCUUUUUAACAUUCAUUCCUUGGAAUGGGAUAAAGAACUUUGCGACUUUUUUGAAAUCCCGAUGACAAUUCUUCCAAAUGUCCGAAGUUCUUCUGAAAUCUAUGGCCUAAUGAAAGCUGGGGCCUUGGAAGGUGUGCCUAUAUCUGGGUGCUUGGGAGACCAGUCUGCUGCAUUAGUGGGACAAAUGUGCUUUGAGGAUGGUCAAGCCAAAAACACGUAUGGCACGGGCUGUUUCUUACUGUGUAAUACCGGACAUAAGUGUAUAUUUUCUGAGCACGGCCUUCUGACCACGGUGGCUUAUAAACUAGGCAGAGACAAGCCGGCAAAUUACGCCUUGGAAGGCUCUGUAGCUAUAGCUGGUGCUGUUAUUCGCUGGUUGAGAGACAAUCUUGGAAUUAUAAAAACCUCAGAGGAAAUUGAGAAACUUGCCAGAGAAGUUGGCACUUCUUAUGGCUGCUACUUCGUCCCAGCAUUUUCAGGGUUAUAUGCACCUUAUUGGGAGCCCAGUGCAAGAGGGAUAAUCUGUGGUCUGACUCAGUUCACCAAUAAAUGUCAUAUUGCUUUUGCUGCAUUAGAAGCUGUUUGUUUCCAAACCCGUGAGAUUUUGGAUGCCAUGAACCGUGACUGUGGAAUUCCACUCAGGCAUUUGCAGGUCGAUGGAGGAAUGACCAACAACAAGAUUCUUAUGCAGCUACAAGCUGACAUUCUGUAUAUUCCAGUAGUGAAGCCCUCGAUGCCCGAGACAACUGCACUUGGAGCUGCCAUGGCAGCGGGGGCUGCGGAAGGUGUUGGUGUGUGGAGUCUAGAACCUGAGGAUUUGUCAGCAGUCACGGUGGAGCGGUUUGAACCACAAAUCAAUGCUGAAGAAAGCGAAAUUCGUUAUUCUACUUGGAAAAAAGCUGUGACGAAAUCAAUGGGUUGGGCUACAACUCAGCCUACCCAAAGUGGUGACCCUAGUAUCUUCUGUAGUCUGCCCCUGGGCUUUUUUAUAGUGAGUAGCAUGGUAAUGUUAAUUGGAGCAAGGUACAUCUCAGGUAGCCCAUAAAUUGUACCAGCUCAUGGAUUCCCAAGAUGUGAACUUUUUCUGUAAUGAAAGAACUCUACAGUUUUGUUUCUUAAUGUGAUGACACUACUCAUAGACUGUAAUGUUAUUUAUAAGCCACUUUCUGCAUGAUCUUCCAAGUUGACCGGUAUAUAAUAAAGCAGAAAGAAUAUUUUAAAAAU